GGGGGGGCGGCUAGGAGAGUCGACUGAUCGAUCAGCCCAGCCUAGUCCCAAGAGAGACUGAAGGGGAGACACAACGUGACUGGGAUGGAGUUGGGUCUUCUGCUGUCGAUGGUUUUCACCUUAACGGGAAGCACAUCAGCAGUGCCAGUGACUGACCAGUAUAGCAGAGCAGUGGAUUGGUUGAGCAGGUAUGGCUACCUGCCUCCUCCGGACCCACGAACAAGUCAACUACAGACCAAAAAGGGGCUCGAGAAGGCCAUUCGUGUCAUGCAGAGAUACGGGGGAGUUCCUGAAACCGGGGUGCUGGACGAUGCAACCUUCAAACUCAUGUCCACACCACGGUGCUCUCUGCCUGACAUUGUUGGGAGUGAGGAAAUGCUGAGAAGGAGGAGGAGGGCGGUGAGGAGGAAGAGAUACGCGCUGUCGGGCCUUAAGUGGCAUAAGACAGACCUCACAUGGAGUGUCCACAACUACCCAUCAUCACACUCCCCCAGCCUGUCAAGCAGCUUGGUGGUCAGCAUCCUGACUAACGCCUUCAAAGCCUGGAGCGACUCGGCCCCCUUGAGAAUCCAUCGGCUUGACGUUGACAGCGGGAGGGCGGAACCUGAAGGGGACAUCAGAGUGUCUUUUUCCCGCUCGCUUCACAACGACGGGUACCCUUUUGACGGGCCGGGUGGCACCCUGGCCCACGCCUUCUUUCCCACCGGGGAUGAAGUUGCUGGUGACACUCACUUUGAUGAUGAUGAGAUCUGGAGCUAUGGAGGUGACGCUGGCACUACCGACUUGUUCACAGUUGCAGUCCACGAAUUUGGUCACGCACUCGGCCUGUCCCAUUCCUCCUCUGAUCCGUCCAUCAUGAGGCCUUACUACCAGGGCCCUGUGGAAAAUAUCCAAAGAUUCCAGCUGGCCCAGGACGACAGGCUGGCUAUCCAGCAGCUUUAUGGUGUGAAGGGUGACGGGCCACCAGGUGGUGUUGAUCCUGAUGUCCCACGCCUGCCCAGUCCACCUCCUCCCAGGCCGACACAGCAUUCUGACCCCUUGUUCAACGAGCGCUGUCAGGGUGGCUUUGACGCAGUGGCAAACCUCCGAGGAGAGGUCUUCUUUUUUAAAGGGGCAAACUUUUGGAGGACUAAGCAAGACAGGUCUUUGGUGUCCUUCAAGCCAGCUCAGAUCAAAAACUUCUGGAUGGGCCUUCCGCCAGGAACAAACCGGAUCGACUCUGUGUACGAGAGGAAGAGUGACAGCGCUAUUGUCUUCUUUAUUGGAUCUCAGUACUGGGUCUUCAAGGACACGCAUGCCAUGAGUGGUUACCCUCGGCCGCUCUCUGAUUGGGGCAUGAAGACAAGCAGCGGGAGGGAUGUGGAGAAGGUGGAUGCAGCCUUCAUCUGGGCCCACAAUGGCAAAACGUACCUGUUCAGUGGUGGGGAGUUUUGGAGGUUUGACGAUACCCGUAAGGCUGAACAGGGACCCAGGCAGCCGGAAGCAGGUUACCCGCGGGACAACAGCCUGUGGGCGGGAGUUCCCCCUGACAUGGAUGACAUCAUCACCUGGGGGGCAGGAGAUGCCUACUUCUUCAAGGACAACCUGUACUGGGUGUUGAUCAACGGCGGACUGAAUCAGGGAGACAUCACACCCAAAUCAAUUGCUGUGGAAUGGCUCCGAUGUCCUGCGACAUCCACUGCAGUAAUUCCUCAGAUACCAAAGGAGUGUCGCUGUGACUUGAAGGGAUCAUCUUCAUUUGUAAGAAGCAGCUGGCUCCUCCUGUACUUUGUUAUAUUAUGUGUUACUUGUGCUUUCAUGUAAGGAUGUCUGCAGGCUAUUUCUUUUUUUAUGGUCUCUUUAAUUCAGUAGAGUAAAAAAUGCUGUUCACAUCAUCAUCCACUUAGAGUACAUCCCAACCCACAAGCUGGUUUCCUAUUACAUUUUUGUGUCAUUAAAAGCAUAUAUAUAUAUAUACAGAGAGAGAGAGAGAGAGAGAGAGAGAGAGAGUUUUAAUAUAUAUUUAUAUUAAAACUCUGCCUUAGACUUAACCAGGCCUAUGCUUUGCCUAUCAGAACAUAUUGCUGACCUGUGAAAAAAGUACAUUUGCAUCCUAUCACCCUUUUACUAUACGUUAUCAGCCGCUCUUUUGUGGGUAUCAGAUUACAUGGAGUCUGUGUAGGACAAUGUGCGGUAAUUCAACACAGAAAGGCAUGCAGGCUACUCCCUCAUAAUGAGGUCUUACGAAAGCAACCUAUUUUGUGACUGGCGUACACAAUCAUUAUUUAGUGUAAUAGACAACUUCUUUAUCAGAGUGAAUCUUUUUUAAUUAAGAGUAGAAUUGUGCCUUUGCACACAGAGCAGACUCUUUUCAGUAUGAAAUGGCCCCAUUUUUGAUAUUUUGUAUAUUUUUGAUUUUGCACAUGUCAGUAAUGGAAAUGAAAUUAAUAUAUUUGUUCACAUUUUCUAACAGUUGAUGAUAUUAAUUCUGCUUGACAGUAUUGUUGCAGGAUGCACUUUGACUCCGUACUUUACGAUACUCUGCACAGCAAAUGCAGCAAACGUUGGAACAAAAUCGGUGCAAAAAUCAGUACACAGUGUGCCACCACCAUUGAUGUUCUGUGAUUGUAAUGUUUCAAACAUUAUCAGUGUUGCUGUUAAUGGCUGAUAUUUGAAAUUAUAAAUUAUUUUAUGACUGAGAACAGGAGGGGGGGGGUUAACACUUUUCAAAAUGACUUUAAAGAAUCUAAAAUACUUUAAUAAAACAAAGGAAUUUCAAUUAUGUUUUGGUAUGAUUAGAAUUUGCUGAUAUGUGUUGGUGCUUUAGAUUUGAAGCUAAGAUCUGUAAUCAUACUGCAGUUAAUCAUCUGAUGCUUAAACUUAGUAGGUCUUUUUGAUUUGUAUCCAUCCAUAAAAUCAUUCCUAAGACUAAAUGUAAUCACUCUAAAGGUGUGUACUGAACGUUGUUUUGAAGCUGCAGGUCUGUGUUAGAAGUCAACAAAAUAAAAAUGGUAAUGUAAAACAUCAAA